GAGAUGUUGCGGAAAUGUUCAGUGUUAUGUGUUUUGAAGAAAACUUAACUAUCAUAAUAACCAUUACAAACAGUUAUGCUACAAUGGCAGCAAAACACACACUAUCAUUACGAACUCAAACCAACCAAUGCAUAAAAUCAUUGCUAUCAUCAUGCAAAUCCCUGCAACAAGCUCUCCAAAUCCAUGCUCACAUGAUAGUAACUGGCCACCACAACAAUCUCUUCCUCUCCACCACUCUCUUCACCUUUUACGCCACAUCCACCUCCUCACAAUCCCUACACCAUUCCCACACCCUCUUCUCCCAAAUCACCAACCCCGAUCUCUUCCUAUGGAACGCCAUCAUCAAAGCAUACUCCCUCACCCUUCACUCUCCACCAAAACACCCUUUUUCCCUCUUCAAAUCAAUGCUCUCCUGUUCUAUAUCACCUGAUUCGUUUACCUUCCCUUAUCUCUUUAAAUCAUGUGCUAAUUUGUUGGUAACUGAUAAUAGUCCUAAAAUGGGUCUUCAGGUUCAUUGCCAUGUUGUGAGAAAUGGGUAUGGUUCAGAUGUUUAUGUUAACAAUGGUAUGUUGAAUUUCUAUUGUGCUUUUGGGGGUGUUGAUGAUGCUUACAAGGUGUUUGGAGAAAUUCCUGUGAGAAACUGUGUUUCGUUUAAUACGAUGAUUAAUGGGUUUGUGCGUGCUGGUUUUGUAAAAUGUUGUUUUCGGGUUUUUGAGGAGAUGAGGGGGGCUUGUGUUAAGCCGGAUGAGUAUACUUUUGUUGGUUUGUUGUCGUGUUGUUCUUUGUUGGAGAAUUAUAGGAUUGGGAGGGAAGUGCAUGGUUUGGUUUAUAGAGAAUUGGGGUGUUUUGGUGGUAGUGUUUUGUUGGUGAAUAAGCUUGUUGAUAUGUAUGCGAAAUGUGGGUGUUUGGUUAUGGCUGAGAGGGUUGUGACUGUGAGUGGAAUGAAAAUUGGGAUGGGUGUUGUUCCGGCUUGGACUUCUUUGGUGAGUGCUUAUGCUUUGCGGAGAGAAGUUGAGGUUGCUAGAAGAUUGUUUGACCGAAUGGGUGAAAGAGACGUGGUUUCUUGGACUGCUAUGAUUAGUGGUUACUCUCAUGCUGGAUGUUUUCGAGAAGCAUUGGAAUUGUUUGUGAAGAUGGAAGGUUUUGGGUUGAAACCGGACGAGGUUGCUGUGGUUGCUGCUCUUUCCGCGUGUGCGAGGCUAGGUUCUCUUGAGUUGGGAAGAAGGAUUCACCAUCAAUAUGCUGGUGAGAAUUGGACAUGUGGUCUGAAUGGCGGGUUUAUUUCUGCUGUUGUUGAUAUGUAUGCCAAAUGCGGUAGCAUUGACGCUGCUUUGGAUGUGUUCCGUAAAAUAAGUGAUGAUGUGAAAACAACUAUUCUGUAUAAUUCUAUUAUCUCUGGUCUUGCUCAUCAUGGUCUCGGUGAACAUGCUUUAACUUUAUUUGAAGAAAUGGGGUUAUUAGGAUUAAAACCGGACAAAAUCACUUUUAUAGCAGUUUUAAGUGCUUGUGGACAUUGUGGUUUGGUUGAUGUUGGAAAAAAACUGUUUGAAUCCAUGUUAACUGUGUAUGGUGUUAAUCCUGAAAUGGAGCAUUAUGGCUGUAUAGUUGACCUUCUUGGAAGGGCCGGCCGUCUGGACGAAGCACAUCGUUUAGUUCUAAAGAUGCCAUUUAAGGCCAAUGCUGUCAUUUGGAGAGCACUGUUAAGUGCUUGUAAAGUACACGGAGAUGUUGCAUUUGCUAGACUUGCCAGCUAUGAGCUUCUUGAGUUGGAGCGCGAUCACGGUGCCAGCUAUGUGAUGCUAUCUAACAUGCUAGCUGACAUGGAUCAGCAUGAUGAAGCUGCUGGUUUGAGAAAAGCAAUAGACAAUGUUGCUAUACAGAAGCCGUCCGGUUUGAGCUAUAUGGAACUGAAUGGAACUCUUCACAAGUUUGUGGCAGGCGAUAAGUCUCACACAGAAGCCAAAACUGCUGAGGUGGUGCUUGGGGAAAUUAAUUUAGGACUGAACUCUGAAUAAUAAAAGGAAGAUUGGGACAUGUGAUGCCCUCUGAUCUUCCUAUGUGACAAGUAAUCCUAUAUAAAGACAUUCCACAUUGAUUGCCAAAGUUCCAUGCCAACAGAAAUUUCUGGUGAAUCAUCACUUGAGACAGAGUGUCAGUUCGGGGCGCUUAAAUGGGAAAAUGGUUUGAGAUAUAAGCUUUCCAUUGGCAGUUCCUUCCUUGGGAAGCCAUUCGAACAUUUCAUUUGAUGAUCCUGACUUUGACACUUGACACUGGAAUCAAAGUAAUUUGGAACGGUCAACUUAUUUAGAAUAGUUACAAAUAUAACCUGUUAUCAUUCUCUCUGUUUUUUUCUCUUCUUUAGCAAAUGCUAUUUGAUGCAUAAUACCAGAAGUAGUUGGAGUUGAUCGGCUGAAGGAACAGACUGAGAAGGAAAAGUCUGGCAAACCAAGGUGUAGGAAGAAAUAAGCAAAGCCAGGAAACUUACAUGGGAAAAAGAUGCAAAGUUGCAUGUUGCAGAAGAAAGUCUUUCAGUAAUCAAGGAGGAUAAGGGUCUGGUACAUGAAAUUCUGAAGCCAAACGAUCUGGGAUUCCGAUUUCCCAAAUCGUUGGUCCAUUUCUUGGAGGAUUAUAUACAAGUGAAUUUAAGUUUAUGACUCCUCCUAUAAGUUCAAACAGGUAAUUGUUAAAUUAUCCAAGUUAUAACUGGUUUUUGUGCUAAAUUAAUCGGCAAGAAUAAAAAAAAUAUUUUACCUGGGGUGAUGGUAAUUGUAGAAUUAAAUUUGUAAUCACCAAUGAAUCCAGGGACCCAACCAUACAAAUUAUAGUCACCUGGCGCAAUAUUACUUAUUUUGAAGUAUUCCUUCGGAUUAACUCGAGUCCAGAAUUGAUAACCCUAUGAAUUGCGUAAAAUUAUUUUAGAUGCAUCAGAAUCAAAAAUCAGGAAAACACGAUGUUCAAUAGUUUUAUACUAGUUAUUUCAUUCUAGUGAUUUAAUCAAAGAUAUUUAGUGUAGAAUUCGAAAAUUAAAUUCAAAUUUUCACAUAAAAGACUCUUACAUAAAUUCGAAAAAUGUUAUAUAAAUUGAUACCUUGCUUUCUCUCUGCCAUGAUCCUGCAUCUCCAGGCAAAGCUAGACCAACAUAAGCAUUUGUAUAUUGAAAUCUCCCUCCUUUGAAGUAUCUAUUCAAGCAAUGAAAUGAAGAAACAUUAAAUCAAUUUUUAUAUUUCUUUCUUUUAUGAAAUCAAAUAAAUAAAUAAAUAAAAAAAAUGUACCUAUCUUGAACUAGUAACCUUCCAAGCACUGUUCCCCUUUGAUUAGGUGGGAAAUAAUCUUUUGAUUGAGGAAAAUCAUAAGGUCAACUUUGAACUUCUUUGGAUAACUAAUCAAAUGUUUAAAGAAACUAAUUAAAUAUUAUUUGUCAUUAACAUAAGCAAUUAAACAAUGUGGUUGGAUUAACUAUAGUACCUGUUGAACAGCAUCUGACCAAAGGUUUGAAUUGUCAUUUUCACUUGAAUUAGUGUUAAGAUAAACAAAAACAGGACCAAAAACUUUUUUAUAAGUUUCACCUUCUUCAAAUGUCAUUGCCACUUCCUUUCCAGCAUAAUGUGUACUCACAAACAUCUAUACACAAACGAAAUAUGCAAAUCAAAUUUUAUAUUUCAACAAAAUAAAUAUAAUAUAAAGAGAAAGAAUAAAAGUUCUCCGCAAAUCAUAACUCAGUUAAUAGAAAUUGAUAUUAUCUUGUUGGAUGUCAUCAUUAGGGGUUGAACCCUAUUACUUACGAUUGUGUGUGUGAAUUUCUAAUGGUUAUUAUUAUUUCAUUUACUAACAAAAAAUAAAUAAAAUAGAAGUUGGGACAUAGGAAAAGAGUGAUGGGCCCAACAUAAGAAGUAAGAUCUUGCUUAAUGGGUCCACCAUUGCGAAACUCAUUAUUUGGUGUUAUCAUCCAAAAACCUAUGGGCUCAUCCGAGUCCAAACUAAUCAAUCCAUGAACAUUGUUCUCACAUGAGUACUAAUAUUUAUCAUCCACCUGAUCAUAGCAAAAUCAUUACAUAACCAAUUUCAUUUGCCAAAAGUAUAAAAGCUAAAUUAAAAAAAGUUGUUUCACUUUACCUCUCCUCUAUAUUGAGGAUUAAUUGGUUUGGUUAAUAGAAUAGCUUCAGGAUAAGCUAAGGUUUGACCUGUUUGUCGAUCUUCCAUAGCUGGCCUGCUUCUUUGCCUUGUAUCAUAUAAUGCCAUGUAUUUGAAUCUGUUAUAUUCAUCUCCCUUGAGUAAGUUGUUUGUUUAAUAAGUUUUUUUUUUUUUUUUUUUAAAUAUAGGCUAUCCUUUGAUGGUGUCAAAAUAUAAAAUAAAAUAUGCUUUAAUAAAUAUGAAAAUUUGACUUGAAAACUUAGCAUUCCGACCUAUCAAACUUUUUAUCACCCAUGAAGAUAAAAGGCAUCAAGGGUAUGGCAAAAAGGUAUUAUCAAGAAAAUUGGUAAAGAAUAUCAAAGGGGAAUGAUCAAAAUCAAAGGUAUUUUUAAGGUUUCUUUUAAGUAACAAAAUAAUA